CAUUUUUCAAGGUAGUUGAGAUAUCUAACCUGCCGAUAGUAUGUACUAGCCAUGAGCGAUCUUCAGAUUGCCACUGGAAUCGCCAUCUUGAUCAGCGGAUACGCACAGCUCCGCUGCGGUAUCUCAUGCUAUCAUUGGCAGUUUAUGGGUCGUCUUGCGUGGUUUUCAUGUCUGACCCAUCUUUCAUGCUUGACGUUGCUGCGCAAUUAUCUGCACAACCACCCAUCCGAGCGACACUGGCGACUAGUCCUCAUGUUUGCGUUGGUGGUCAUGCUGAUCGUGGCCAUUUUCCCAUCGGGAAAUUACGAGUGGAUUUGGGGGUAUCCGGUGUUUCAUCCAUCCCCAAGCGACCACGCCAUCUGCUACUUCUUGCAGCGUCCCUCAAUCAAAACGACCGCCGGGAUCUCCAUGUCCAUCUACAUCUUGACAACGGGUUUUGGGUUUCUUUUCCGCAUCGUCAAGCUCCACAAAAUCCUUUCCGUCUACAUGGUUCGCAGACCCCGCAAAUCACUUAGCAAGUGGGGGAGAAAAGGGUUGUGGAAGAUAUUCAUGUGGCGCACUGCCCCCAAUUUGAGCAAACGACUAUUGGGGAAUUUACUGUAUUUGCCUCUGUUGUCAGUAUUCCUUGUUGCACGGGUUGCCUUGGAUCAUUGGUCUUCCAUGUAUUUCGAGAUAUACUGGCUUGUGAUGUGUUUCCUCUUCGCCAUAGUGCAGUUGAUCCCGACUUUGGAACUAUCAGACCCAACCCUUCAUUAUUACUUGGACAUAUAUAUCACUCACAUAGGCGACAAACUGGGUGAUUUGAGCAUUAGAGUCAAUUCUACGGCUCAUAAUAUCACUAUCCCGGAGCCGGAUCUUGAUAAUAUUGCUGGUAAUCGCUGGGGCUUCGGGCAGAUAAUGCCGGUUGUUCUUCUAGCCCUACCACUUCUACCGAUCGUCGAAAUCUUCUACCCCGGUAGGACUGCCCGAUCCAUCGAGAACAUUCCACUAACUGGUAUAUAGACAAAGAAGAUUCCGGUCCCAGUACAAACGACACAUCUUCCCAACCCACCACUCCCUCCUCAAGGGAAGACAGCACGCUAGAACCCCC